GCUGUAUGUGAUGUUUGGUGUCUGUAUCAAUGCACUGCCACUGACCAUUGCUGUAUGUGACCUCAUCUGUAAACUGCUGCUCCAAAGAUUGGAACUGGUGAAUCUCUUCCUGACUGGGAAAAUAGAAAGUGCUGUUACCUCAUUAGAUGCUUGCAGUGGAGAACUGGAACAGCGCACAGAGAGACGGGGAGUCAUCUAUAGUCCUUCUUGGCCAUUGAACUAUCCUCCAGCUGUAAACUGCAGCUGGUACAUUCGAGGAGAUCGUGGAGACAUGAUAACAAUUAGUUUUAAGAACUUUGAUUUGGAAGACUCUCAGAAGUGUGCAGUAGACUGGUUGAUGAUUGGCCCGUCUUCCAAGAGGGAGGAGUACAAAGUGUGUGGAUCUUCCAUACCUCCAUCUUUCAUCUCUGCAAGGGACCAUGUUUGGAUAUUUUUUCACUCAGAUGCAUCAAGCUCAGGACAGGCUCAGGGAUUUCGCCUUUCUUAUAUUAGAGGAAAGAUAGGUCAGGCCGUAUGCCAGUCAGAUGAAUUCCGUUGUGCAAAUGGAAAGUGUAUUCCCAGUACUUGGAAGUGUAAUUCCAUGGAUGAGUGUGGUGAUAACUCAGAUGAGAGAAACUGCACUGUCCCUCCAACAGAGCCUCCGUCCAGCAUCUGUCCCUCAGGAAUGUUCCAGUGCAGCGCAGCCCACUCCACCAAGUGCUUGAUGAAUGAACUGAGAUGUAAUUCAGUUAAGGACUGCAGUGAUGGUUCGGACGAAGAUAAUUGUCCUGAUCUUUCCUGUGGCAAAAGGCUGGGUAAUUUUUAUGGAUCUUUUGCUUCCCCAGACUUAUUCCGUGCUGAUCACAGCAGAUCAGACCUUCGUUGCACAUGGUACGUGGACACACAAGAUAAUCGACAUGUUCUGUUGCAGCUUGAUUUGCAGUUAGGCUACAAUGACUACGUAAAGGUGUAUGAUGGUAUUGGAGAGAGGGGUGAUAAAUUAAUGCAAACAUUUUCGUACCACAACAACAGGCAUUCGGUGAGCGUGGAGUCAUCAAAGGGCCAGCUCACUGUCUCAUAUCAUGCCCGCUCCAAGAGUACUGGCCACGGGUUCAAUGCAACCUAUCAGGUGAAAGGCUAUUGCCUUCCUUGGGAACAUCCUUGUGGCAGCGAUGAGGAGUGUUUCACAGAUAAACAGCAUUGUGAUGGCUGGUGGCACUGUCCAAAUGGCAAGGAUGAGGAGAACUGUCCUGCUUGUCAGAAGAACGAAUACCCAUGUGAAGGAAACAGUGGACUCUGUUACUCAAUACUUGACCGCUGUAAUAACCAAAAGAACUGCCCAGAUGGCUCGGAUGAAAAAAACUGCUUUACUUGCCAGCCAGGAAACUUCCAUUGUGGUACAAAUCUGUGCAUCUUUGAGACUUGGCGCUGUGACGGCCAAGAAGACUGCCAGGAUGGAAGCGAUGAACAUAACUGUCUGGUGAUCGUUCCCAGGAAGGUCAUCACAGCUGCUCUGAUUGGGAGUCUCGUGUGUGGCUUGCUGCUGGUAAUAGCACUGGGCUGUGCAUUUAAAUUAUAUUCUCUAAGGACCAGGGAAUACAGAGCAUUUGAGACCCAGAUGACGCGACUUGAGGCAGAGUUUGUGCGUCGGGAAGCUCCACCUUCCUAUGGGCAGCUGAUUGCACAAGGCCUUAUCCCCCCAGUUGAAGACUUCCCUGUGUACAAUGCAUCACAAGCUUCUGUGCUGCAGAACAUUCGAACAGCUAUGAGGAGGCAGAUGAGACGACACUCGUCACGACGGAGCUCGUCUCGGCGCCGCUUGGGCAGGCUCUGGAACAGACUCUUCCACAGACCUCGGGUGAGAGGACAGAUCCCACUCCUGACACCUGCCCGCACUUCACAGACUACACUGGGUGAUGGAAUCAUCAACCGUGCUGAUGGGACUAUUCGGAGUUCUCCACCUUCCCCCGAAGGACCUAGUUUAGAAGCAGAUGCCCAUGGCCAAGCUAGGGGCUUACAAGAAGCUGGAUGUAGCAGUUUGCAGCCAGAGACUGAAAUCACAGAGCCAUCGCCUUCAACUGUCUUACCGAAUACUUGCACAGCUGCACAUGCAGAGCCUGAGACUGGACACGCCGAUAAACCUUUAGGUGCUGAGACCUCUGGCAGUGAGCUUAAGCAGUCCAGUAAAGUGGAUUCAGGAAAGGCUUUCAGAGAUCCUUUGUCUGAAAGUGUUACAGAAACGAUCCAUGGAGGGUCAGCAUCCAGGAGGACUGUCCCAGAGGACAGUAGUUUAAGUAGAAGUCAUCCGCUGAGCGAAGAGCCAUGUAGGUUACCCUUAAAAAAAUGGGAGUCUGCUUAUUCAGACAGCCCUAUGAAUGUUCAUAUCCAAGUGGAUGGACAAAACCGAUGUUGCCCUAACUCAUACCGGGAGGAGCCUUUGGGUAUUCAUGCAGCUUGUUGCCAUUCUGUGGAAGUGCCAAUGUUAGAGUCCUCUACUCCCCUCUCUGAAAUCAAUACCAGUGAUGAUGAAUCUUUACUUGUUUGCUAAUAAAAAUUUUUGUUUUGGCCCUGUAAA